CAUUAAGCGUCAUUGUUCGACGUUUUCCAUCUUUCUACCUUUUUCCCCUCUCUUCUUAUCAUUCGUACCAUUAUUUGCAUUGCAUUGCAUUGAGCGCUUUUUUCCGUCCGUGUCAAUAGGCAACAAUCAUGAGUCAACCCAUUGAUAUCGUCCAAAAGCAAGGAUCCAACGAGUCACCCUUUGAUUCACCUUCUUAUUCACCAGCAAGCCACGAGCGGCACCAUCAUGCAGGUGGCUUCAGCACAUGCUCCUAUUGUAGACAUCUUGCAUACGACGACCCUCACGUAUCCGGAAAAGCGUCCAUGAGUCCUCUGGAACUUCAAACCAUUAGUCUAUCCCCACCCUUGGACGAAGUAUGUUCAACAUGGAAAGCAGCAUCAGCCGCAGCAGAUAUUGAUGACAGCGAUCAACCAUAUCCAUAUCAAAGUUUGAUCGGUCUAUUUACGGCACCUGACAUGGGUGCUUAUUUGGCAGAUGUCGAUAUCCAGGAUGACGUAUCAACUCUUCCUAUCCAGCUGCAAACAAUGAUUAGCGAAGCAAAAGAGGAGGUGAUCAUCGAACGUACAAAAGCGCAACACCGGCAGCAACAGCAACAGCAACAACAGCCGCAGUCGCAGUUUCACGAAGAUGGGGAUCAUCAAGCCUUUGCAUCCGAGUCCCAUCCAGCAUUGCGUCGUUUGGAAAAUCUCCGUGACUAUUUAUGGAUAGCUUCAGGUCACGACAAAGCCAACAUUGCGCCCACACUUGGCAAACUACUGCAAAGCGAAGACGAACUGGCUGCUCUGACACAGCAACAAAACUAGGCCCACGGGUGUCUGUGAGCAAUUCUUUCAGGGUGUACGAACUCCCCUUUAAGGCAAGGGCCCCAAAUAAAUACAAAAAAAGCUUCCAAGAAGCCUAUGCACGCGCUCCGUGUUUGUCGGAAUAACAAACAGAGCGUAAAAUGAAUGCAUGGGUGGAGCAACAGGUGUCACAAACGCCCAGCAAAACCCGGAUAUUGUGUAUGUCAAGCAAUCACGUCCUUCGCGGCUGAAAAAAAAAUUCAAGCAAAUUCCCUCAACACGAUAACUUUUUUGUUGAUGAUAGAUCUUCACAUGAUUCUCACGAUAGUCGUUUUUCUUCAGCUUCCCACCCCCAGUACUCCUCCCAUUGAUCCGUUUGUU